GGGGAGGAGGAGGAGGAGGAGGAGGCUCCUGGAAAAUGGUCCCUUCGGCUGGAGAGCUGGCAUGGAUCGGCCUGGGUAUUUUAUUAGCUGCCUGCCAAGCCCUGGAGAACACAACAUCGGCCUUGAGUGGUGCCCCCGUGCCCGCGGCCGUCCGCUCCCAUUUCGACGACUGCCCGGACUCUCACAGUCAGUACUGCUUCCACGGCACCUGCAGGUUUUUGGUUCAGGAGGACAAGACGGCAUGCGUGUGCCACACGGGGUUCGUGGGAGAGCGCUGUGAACACGCGGACCUGUUGGCCGUGGUGGCGGCCACGCAGAAGAAGCAGACCAUCACCGCCCUGCUCGUGGUGUCCGUCCUGGCUUCCGUCACCCUGGCAGCCGCCUGUGUCCUCAUACACUGCUGCCAGAUAAGAAGACCCUUGGAGUGGUGCCGAGCAGUCUCCUGUCGGCAGGAGAAGCCCAGCAUCCUCCUCAAGGGGCGGGGGGCUUCCUGCUGCCACUCCGAGACAGCGGUCUGAAAGGGCCGGGUCAGGGCCGAAGCCCCGCGGACCACCUCAGCCUCGGCAGAGAGGAGGGGGGCUUCCAGAGAAGAACCAUUGCCGCGGAAGCAAGGCACACUGGGAGAUUCACCUGGCCUCCCGCACCCACCCCGGCCUCCUGUCCGCCGCCGGCUGGGCCUUCCGCAUUUGGCCGAACCGAGAACUCCUUCCACUCCGGGCGAUCCGGCGUGGAAACAAGAGGGAAUCAGCAGAGGGAAUCCCUCUCCCCCAGAUCCCCCCACCCCUCUCACCACCCCACAAGGACCUUCUGAACAGCGUGAAA